AUGAAACCAAAGAAAGCCAAGGUUUUCUUUUUCUGUGCAUUUGCCGAGAGCGUACUGGGCUGUUCGUUUGUGGUACGGCGGGGCCGUACCGACAGCGCAGUCGAUAACCUGGCUCGCCUCCUCCCACGGAAGCAAACAUACUUUUCUGCUCGCGGGUACCCUAACCCAUCCCCAUAUUCAAGCGCAGAUAGCUUGGCCAGGAUCACCGCCAUCACGCGCACAUCACUAGCUAGUAUCAGCAGCACACAACCGGACGCAUUCACUUCCGCUCCAACGGCAGCACCAGAGGUCGUUCCUGGCGGGACCGAGCCCGGAGGAGUCGUGGAGUUAACGUUGCUGCUGGGGCUCGCUGAAGUCGCACGGAAGCUCACACCGCCUGCGUUGCUUUUGUCCGUGCCUGCGGUGCUGCGGGCAGUGGCAUUAUUGGUUGCGUUGCCUGCGGAGCUGAUGUUGGCGCCUGUGGUGGCCUUAACGGUGACGUCAACUGUGGCAUUGCUGGGGGCAUCAAUAACCAGGUUGACGUUUGUGUUGGUUGUGGCGUUCGCGGCAGUGCCCAUGGCUGCGCUAGUGGUAGCGUUACUGGUAGCUCCUGUGGUGUCAAUGGUGUUGUUGGUUGAACCGCUGCUGGUUGCAUUGAAGGUGGUUCCUGGGGCCGUGCUGCCGGUGGUGCCAGUAGUGGGGACGCCGGUGGUGGUGUUGGCAGAUGCGCCUGUUGUAGCACCAGUAUCGUUGUUAGUGGCGGGGGCUGUGGUCGCGGUAGACGGCGUUCCCUCAGCUGUGGCAUUCGUGGUGGUGGAGUUGGUGGUGUUGCCAGGGCCAGUACUGCUUCCGCCGGUAGAGGCGCCACCGCUGACGGCUCCAUUGGCGGUGCUCGUGGCCGCCUUGGUGGCGGCAUUGAAAGGAGAUGUAUUGCCCGUGGCAUUGUUGGCGGCACCUUCAGCGGUGGAAUUGGUGACGGUGCUGCCUGUGGCGCCAAAGGUGGCGCGCGUUGGCUCGCUGAUACUGGUGGUGGUGGUGGUGGUGGUGGUGGUGGUUGCAUUGGUAGUGGCAGUGGUGCUGGUGCAGGUGCUGGUGCUGGUGCAGGUGCUAGUGCUGGUUCCGGUGCUGGUGCUGGUGCAGGUGCUGGUGCUGGUGCUGGUGCUGGUGCUGGUGCUGGUGCUGGUGCUGGUGCUGGUGCUGGUGCUGGUGCAGGUGCAGGUGCAGGUGCUGGUGCAGGUGCUGGUUCCGGUGCUGGUGCAGAUGCUGGUGAUGGUGCUGGUACAGGUGCUGGUGCAGGUGCUGGUGCAGGUGCUGGUGCAGGUGCAGGUGUUGGUGCUGGUUCCAGUGCUGGUUCCAGUGCUGGUUCCAGUGCUGGUGCUGGUUCCAGUGCUGGUGCUGGUUCUGGUGCUGGUGCUGGUUCCGGUGCUGGUGCUGGUUCCGGUGCUGGUGCUGGUGCUGGUUCCGGUGCUGGUGCUGGUUCCGGCUCUGGUGCUGGUGCUGGUUCCGGCUCUGGUGCUGGUGCUGGUGCUGGUGCUGGUGCUGGUGCUGGUGCUGGUGCUGGUGCUGGUGCUGGUGCAGGUGCUGGUGCAGGUGCUGGUGCAGGUGCUGGUGCAGGUGCUGGUUCUAGUGCUGGUGCUGGUUCUGGUGCUGGUGCUGGUUCCAGUGCUGGUGCUGGUUCUGGUGCUGGUUCUGGUGCUGGUGCAGGUGCUGGUUCCGGGGCUGGUUCCGGUGUCAGUGCCGGUGCUGGUUCUGCUGCCGGUGCCAGUGCUGGUCCGGGGGCUUGUUCCGGUGCCGGUUCUGGGGCCGGUUCUGGUGCUGGUUCCGGGGCUGGUUCUGGUGCUGUUUCUGGUGCUAGCCCCGUAG